AACAGCCGCACUAAUUACAGCAGCAAACAUGUUGACUCGCCUGUUCAGCGACUCCUCACUCAUCCCCGAAGUCCAGAAGUACUCCAGCUGGAUGGAGGAGAGCGACAGCGAGGAUGAUGACAAGAUCGGGGAGGAAGGGAGCAGCGAGAACUGCGAACUGCAAGACAGUCAGGCGGAAGAUGGCCUGAGUGGGAUUCAGGAGAACGAAGAGGAGGAGACGGGGUUGGAUGAGGACGAGGAGGGGGCGGAGGAGGAGGAGGAGGCUGAUGAGGAAGAUGGCACCAGGCCCAGGAAGCGUGGACCUAAGAGGAGGAAAAUGACCAAAGCCAGGAUGGAACGGUUCAAGCUCAGGCGACAGAAAGCUAACGCCAGGGAGAGGAACCGCAUGCACGACCUCAACUCAGCCCUGGACAACCUGCGCAAAGUGGUGCCCUGUUACUCCAAGACCCAGAAGCUUUCCAAGAUAGAGACCUUGAGACUGGCGAAGAACUACAUCUGGGCUCUCUCCGAGAUCCUGCGUUCCGGCAAGAGACCAGACCUGGUGUGCUACGUGCAGACACUUUGCAAGGGGCUCUCGCAGCCCACCACCAACUUGGUGGCGGGUUGCCUCCAACUCAACUCCAGGAAUUUUAUAACCGAGCCAGGCCAGGACACCUCCCGCCUGCACCCUCCCAACUCUUCCUUCGCCAUGCACCCUUACUCCUACCAGUGCGCCAGGCUGCCCGGCCAGCAGUGCCCCAGCGGCGGCGGAGGAGGAGGAGGUGGGGGAGGUGGAGGAGGUGGAGGAGGUGGGGCUGGGGGUGGCAUUAACAGCUCCCACCCGUUGAGAGCCCACCCUUACUGUGGCACUUACGAGCACCUGUACGGCAACGCGUCUCCAGACUACACCAGCUCCGAGUUUGAAGGGCCCCUGAGCCCACCACCACUUUGCACUAACGGUAGUUUCCCGGUGAAGCAGGACUCUGCCUCGCCAGAGCACGACAAGAACUACCACUACACUAUGCACUACUCGGCCUUGCCCGGCUCUCGCCCGCCUGGACACAGCCUGGUCUUUGGCCCUCCUGGUCUUCGCAGUGGUGUGCACUCAGAGGCCCUGUUGUCCUAUGACAUGCACAUGCAUCAGGACAGAACGCCUAUGUAUGAAGAACUGAACGCCUUUUUCCAUAAUUAG